AUGUUCACACGACGAACGCUUUCCAAAUUCCUCGCCUCUGUGUCGCUGGCGCCUGCUUCGGCAUUGUCGCAGGGCCGCCCGCCCCUGUCGCGCAUCGCCUUCGGUUCGUGCGCGAACCAGACCAUGGCGCAGCCGAUCUGGGAGCCGAUCCUCGCCUACCGGCCCGAUCUCUUCAUCUUCGCCGGCGACAAUGUCUACGGCGACUUCAGCGGGUCCGAUGCAGCCAAUCUGAAGCGUGCUUAUGACGGGGCCCGGCAGAUUGCGGGCUAUGCGCGGCUGCGCGACACGGCGAACCAUCUCGCCGUCUGGGACGACCAUGAUUACGGCCUGAACGACGGCGGCGUCGAGUUCGCGCACAAGGCCGUGUCGAAGGACCUGUUCCUCGACUUCUGGAACGUCCCGGCGACCGACAUCCGCCGCCAGCGUGACGGCAUCUACGACUCACGCAUCAUCGGCCCUGAGGGCAUGCGGGUUCAGGUGAUCCUGCUGGACGUGCGCUGGUUCCGCUCCGCGCUCAAAGUCACCGACCAGCGCGGCGCGCCGGGCAAGGAGCGCUACGUUCCCGAUCCCGAUCCGAACAAGACGAUGCUGGGCGCCGAACAGUGGGCGUGGCUGGCGACGGAACUGCGCAAGCCCGCCGAAGUCCGCCUGAUCGUGUCGAGCACGCAGAUCCUGGCCGAGGGCCAUGGCUGGGAGCGCUGGGGCAACUUCCCGCUCGAGAAGCAGAAGCUGUUCGACACGAUCCGCUCGAGCGGCGCCAAGGGCGUCGUGCUGCUGUCGGGCGACCGGCACAUCGGCGCCCUCUAUCGCGAGGCGCCGGCGGAUCUCUUCCCGCUGUACGAGGCGACGUCGAGCGGCCUCAACAUGGUCUAUUGGGCGGCCAAGGAGGCCGGUCCCAACCGUCUCGGCGCGAUCUAUGCAGCUGCGAAUUUCGGCGUCGUGGAGAUCGACUGGUGGGAGCGAAAGAUCCUGCUGGCGCUGCGCGACGAAGGCGGCAGCGUGCGGCGCUCCGUGGAAAUCCCCUUCGACGCGCUGGGCAUUGCCACCUGA